AGUGAGAGAGAGUGUGUUACUAAAAAUGAUGUUAACAGGGAGAGAAAAAGAAGAAGAGAAGAAGAAAGACACUUUGGAAGGAGUACGAUGUACGACAAUAGAGGGAAGCAGAAAGAUCUGAGGAUGUUUGAGAAAUCUUUGGAAAAAAAAACAACACAACACACUGAGUAACUUCAGACAGGCUGACUAAGUGACAGAAAUGACAGAGAUGCUUCCUGAUUCCCAGAUCUGGAGAUGUGUGUUGAGUUCCACAGUCAUUGGAGAAUCUAAAAGGGACACACCGCUGACACGCUGGUAGAAGAAAGGAAACUUUCGCUGAAAUACUGAAGCGUGCAGAACAGAAAAGUGACUUGUUCAAGUGGAUAUUCAAGGAUGAUACAGAAGUGCACAGCGCGCUAAAAGUUGAAGCCUUGGAAAAGACUGAGUUUAAUCUAUUUGGACACUCACCAAGGAUCUUUGGAUUUGGACAGACAAGAAAAUUGAACCUCAACAGUCACUGGUCUGACUUUAUUUCAUUUCUGCACCAAAUCUAGAUCAUCAUCAUCGUCAUCAUCAUCAUCAUAACCAUCUUCAACAUUUACAAUAUCACAUUAUGAUGAACUUCAACAGCACCGAGCCCUGGCUUUUCAUCAAUACAUCAUCUCCCAUCAUGCCUGUAAUAGCCGGUCCUGCUAACAGAAGUGGCAUGGAGGCAUAUUUUUUAGACGAGGGGCUCUACAACGACUUUUAUGGCCUUUGGAUUACACUCAUGGUCAUAAACUCUCUCAUAUUCUUGGUUGGCAUGGUGCUCAACACAGUCGCACUCUAUGUUUUCUGUUUCCGCACGAGGCAGAAGACCACAUCAGUGAUCUACACCAUCAACUUAGCAGUGACGGAUCUCUUGGUGAAUCUCUCUCUGCCCACUCGGAUCCUGCUUUACUACAGUGGAGGAGCUUGUCUCACCUGCUCCUACCUGCACAUCUUCAGCUACUUUGUCAACAUGUACUGCAGCAUAUUGUUUCUCACCUGCAUAUGUGUCGACCGAUACCUUGCCAUCGUGCAGGUUGAAGCUUCUCGUCGAUGGAGGAACUCCAGUGUGGCUAAAUGUGUGUGUGUCUCUGUCUGGCUCUUUGCCAUCGUGGUCACAUAUUCCUUCCUCUCCACUGCAUUCCAGCACCCAGGCUGCUGCCUUUCUAAGCUCUUGCUUCUCACCAUCUUUGAGUUCUUCCUGCCACUCAUUAUCAUUGUGGUCUUCACGUUGAGGAUCAUGUGGGCACUGGCUGACCCUCGCCUGAUGCAGCAGAGCAGGGACAGGAGACGGAGGGCUGUCCAGCUGCUGACCACAGUGCUGAUCAUCUUCACAGUCUGCUUCACACCUUUCCACAUCAGACAGGUGGUGGUGUAUUUCUACCCUGACUUGCCACAUCAUGUGAUAGUCUACCACCUGACAGUCACUCUCAGCAGUUUGAAUAGCUGUAUGGAUCCUGUUGUAUACUGCUUUGUUACAAAUAAUUUCCAGGCAACUGUGAGGAAUAUUUUCCGUCGGGCUGAGCCCGAGCAGACUAGUGGUGACAUCAUCAGCAUGCAGCACAGCUCCAAGGCUUCAGGAGGGACAGCCAACGCCAUCACCAAGGAUGUGAUUGUGAUGACCAAGAUUUCUUCUUCACUGCAGAGAGACAAUGCGUGAAAGAACCACACUUUGUA